UCUAACCAUCAAAAAAUGCGUUUAGAAAAAUGUUAUUUUUGUUCUUCUACAAUAUAUCCUGGUCAUGGAACUAUGUUCGUUAGAAACGACAGCAAGAUGUUUCGCUUUUGCAGAAGCAAAUGUCAUGCUGCUUUCAAGCACAAACGUAAUCCUCGCAAAGUUCGUUGGACUAAAGCAUUUAGAAAGGCUGCUGGCAAAGAAAUGGCCAUUGACUCUACAUUCGAAUUUGAAAAACGCCGUAAUGUACCAGUUCGAUAUGAUCGAGAACUAAUGGCCACAACUGUUAAAGCUAUUAAGCGGAUUUCUGAAAUUAGAGCUAAACGUGAACGUGUCUUUUAUAAGAAUAGAAUGUCUAGCAACAAGGAACGUGAAAAGGCAGAAAAUAUACGCGAAAUUCAAACGAAUAUUGAACUUAUUGGAGCUCCUUCUGCCAAGAUUAAGGCACAAAUUGCUAAAGUCACUGAGAAAAUGCAACAGAAUAGUGAUAUGGAAAUUUUAUGAUGUGUUCUUUAAAAUUUAACCUUUUCUUUCAUUGGAUGCUGCAUCUCCCAUAAUAUAUCAUCCCGAUAAAGCUGUGCGGCUGAUUUCACCAAAUAAAUUAGAAUUUAACAUAGUCUCAAUUCAAAUAAAAUAAAAGAAUAAAAUACUUACCAUUUUCAAUAUUGUAAUUUGAU